AAUCAGCAGUCGGGCAGCCACGCCCAAGCAUUCACUCACCCCUUGCCCCGCCACUUGGUCGCGCCACAUUCAGCCACCCUCCCUCUGCCUGCUCUAUCACCGUUUAAACGUGCUGCCAUUCCUAGCACCGCUCCUGACCUUCCCUUUCCGCGCCCUCGCACCCUCACACCUUGGCACCGCCAUCCGCGCAGCCCUUCAGCCAUGGCGGCCCUCACCGCCGCCUCCUCCCUCGCCGCUACCACUGCCGCAUUCGUUGCGCCCGUGCGCGCAACCGCUCUCCGCGUCCCCCGCACUCCCCAGGCCACCGGAGCCGUCGGCCGCCACAUGCCGCGGACGCGGCGAUUGGUCGUCGCUGCGGCGGGCGACAGGGCGGCGGUGGACUGGGCGGCGGUGCGCACGACGGACCAUCUGACGGUGGGCGAUUGCAUGUCGGCUGGCCGCCUCGUGUGCGCGCAGCCGUCAACCACCGUCGACCAAGCGCUGGAGCUGCUGGUGGAGCACCGCAUCACGGGCAUGCCCGUCGUGGACGAGGGGGGGCGCCUGGUGGGCGUGGUGUCGGACUACGACCUGCUGGCGCUCGACUCCAUCUCAGGCGUGGGUUCGUCUGGCCCCUCCUCCUCGCUCUUCCCUGAGGCUGGCAGCACCUGGAAGGCGUUCAAGGAGAUCCAGAAGCUGCUCAUCAAGACGCGCGGGCGUGUGGUGGCGGAUGUCAUGACUCCGCACCCGCACACCGUGCUCGCCUCCACCAACCUCGACCACGCCGCCAGAAUGCUCCUGGAGAAUCAGCACCGCCGAUUGCCCGUUGUGGACGACACUGGGAAACUGGUCGGAUUGCUCACAAGGGGCAAUGUGGUCAAGGCAGCCCUGGCUCUGAAACGAGCGGCUGAGAGGGAUCAAGCAAAAGCUGAUGCCUCAUAGAAACUUGUAAAACAAUAAUUGGUUACAGAAUUGCAGAGUACUUGGUGUGGUGUGUUCAUACUGGUUGUGGUGACGUUUCAGUCACAAUGUGAAGCGCGGUGUAACGGCACGUUAUGGGCAUCAUCAUCAAGCCUUGACCCCACAACUGUUCGCGCCAAUUUAGUGCAACCCGAAAUAAGGUCACACAUGUCCAAGAACGUGCAUUGCGCUGCGGCUAGUCUGACCCUUGAUAUUUGAUUCCACACGCGUCACUGUCAGGCCUGUC